ACGAACUUGGAAAAAAGACAUAUCGCGUGGUGAUCGCAUUUAGUGGUGAAUAACGCCGAUGGUAAAACUAAGCUUAUUAAUUUAAUAUUUCCCGACUAAUGUUUAAUUAUUCCUCGUGCAUGUCAGUUGGGAAUUCCUGUUGGCGAGUUUGUGUGAAUUUGUUGAAAAACAAACAAAAAAGGCAAAAUAUCAGUCAUGGAGCCAAUAACAGCUGAAGGCGACGAGGAAUCUUUAUCAAACAGCAAUGCGGGUAGUUCUGGUGCCUUCCAGGUUGAAAGAAUACACAUGCACUGGAAGGGCAUACACAAUUUGGAGAAGACGGGGGGAGAAAGUGUUAAUAAUGUUACAUCUAUCAAGUAUUACCUCGUAAAAACGGUUGAAAGAGAUGAAAACUUCAAAGACAUCACUUACUACACUUGUGUUCCAACAACCUGGGUUUCGGAAUGCAUGCAAUUCAUGGUAUACCCACCAGUUGGGACACAUUUUGCCAACGGUAAAAAUCAAGAACCAAAUCAGUGGAGAAGCAAUGUUUUUCAAAGGUUUCGUUACCCAAGGAAUUCUUGGUUUGAGUACGAUAUCGACACACGCCAGAGAAUUCCGCAACAAAUGCCGUGAUGAACAGACAGAUGACAGACCUGCCACAUCAGCAACAGCAACACCGAUGCAAUACAACGAUGGGAUCACAUUGAAACAGUAUAUAGAUAGACUUGAAGCAUUAGUUAACUGUUUUAGUCUUUAAUUUGUUUUGUCGUUGGUAUACUAAGAAGAUUCCAAUGUUAGGUUUUUACAUUGUGACAAUUUUUAUUU